ACAAUAACAAGGGCUACAAAUAACUUUUCACUCAACAACAAGGUUGGUGAGGGAGGAUAUGGGCAUGUUUACAAGGGUGUACUAGAUGAUAGAAAGGAAAUAGCCGUGAAACGGCUUUCAAAGACAUCUAAACAAGGGCUUGGAGAAUUUAAAAAUGAAGUCAAUUCUAUUGCCUGACUUCAACAUAGGAAUCUUGUAAAGCUUCUGAGAUGGUGCAUUCAAGAAGAUGAAAAGAUGUUGAUCUAUGAAUAUAUGCCAAACAAAAGCCUUGACUCAUAUAUAUUUGAUAUUAAAAAAAGAGCAUUACUUGAUUGGUCAAAACACUUCAACAUUAUCACUGGAAUUGCAAGAGGGCUUUUGUAUUUGCACCAAGAUUCUCGACUAAAAAUUAUUCAUAGAGAUCUCAAAGCUAGCAAUAUUUUGUUGGAUAUUGACAUGAAUCCAAAAAUAUCCGACUUUGGCUUGGCAAGGAGCAUUGGAUUAAACGAGACAGGAGCAAACACAAACCGAGUUGUUGGAACACUUGGUUAUAUGUCGCCGGAGUACGCUGGACAUGGGGUCUUUUCUAUUAAAUCAGAUAUGUUCAGUUUUGGUGUUUUGGUACUAGAAAUUGUGAACGGGAAAAGAAAUAGAGGAUUUUCUCAUCAUCAAGAUCACUAUGAGAACCUUCUUGGCCAUGCAUGGAAGCUUUAUAGCGAUGGUAGAUUGAUUGAACUUGUAGACGAGCAUCUAAAUGCACCAUCUGAUUUGCCACAAGUUCUAAGAUCAAUCCAUGUCGGCCUAUUAUGUGUUCAACACUACCCUGAAGAUAGGCCAAGCACGUCUUCCAUAGUUCAUAUGUUAGCUAACAAUGUUGAGUUACCCAUUGCUAAAGAGCCUGGUUUCUUCACAAAAACAAGGGUGAAUGAGACGAAGUCUUCUUUAGGCGCUGAAGUAUCAUGUUCCAUAAAUGAAGUCACCAUCUCAUCAUUCGGUCCCCGUUAAAAAGAGUUUGUAUAUAAUUGAGUUACGUUAUUUCUAUUUAUAUUUACCCUUAGUUUGUAUUUGUUUUUACAAAUUUCAUAGGGAAAACUUCUAGCAUCAAAUUAAACCACUUUGACGUU